AUGUGUCCUCGACGUAAUAAAUCAGAUAAUACAUCAAAUUCAUCAAAACAACAAGAACGUGAAACUCGACAACAAGAAAAAAAAUCUCGUGAAAAAAAAGCUCAUGGAAAACAAGUUGAAAAUAUUGGAGAAUUUAAUAAUCAAUUACGUACAUUUAAUUUACAAUUAAGAUAUAUUGUAGGUGAUGGCAAUUGUCUAUUUCGAAGUUUUUCCGAUCAAAUGGAUGGUGAUCAACAUCGACAUGGUUAUUAUCGAGAGAAAAUAUGUGAUUAUAUGCGUGCAAAUCGUACUGAUUUUGAACCAUUUAUUGUUGAUCAACCAUUUGAUACAUUUAUUCGUUCACUUUCAAAAGAUGGAACAUACGGUGGAAAUGAAUGUCUUGUUGCAUUUUCACGUCUUUUCGAUGCUAAAAUAUGUAUACAUCAAUUAAAUCAACCAGUUUGGAUAGUAUGUUUUUCUGAUUCUCCAAAACAUGAAAUUCAUAUAUCAUAUCAUGAUUAUGAACAUUAUUCAUCUGUACGAAAAUUAGGUGAUCAUACAUCAACAUCAGCAAAUAUUCGACAAACAAUGACAACAUGUAAUGUAUCAUCAAUAAAUGAAAAUAAUAAAAAGACAACUAAUGAAACUGCAUAUGGUGCAUGUGCAAUGGAUUCAAUAGAAUUAUUUACUGAACAUGAUAUUAAUUAUAUUGAAUCACAAUUAAUAAAUUCUAUUGAUCGUCAAUUAAUUCGUGAUACAUUAAAUGAAAAUCAUGGUGAUAUUGAUGGAACAAUUGCUUAUUUACUUGCUUUAGAUAAUUUAUCAUUAGAACAACCAAUAAUAGUACAAGAAUCAAAUCAAUCUAUAGAACGAAUAAUGUCAAUAACAGGUGUCUAUAAUGUUGAUAUUAUUCAACAAACAUAUGAAAAUAAUAAUCUUAAUAUGGAUUCAACUGUUGAAUCUUUACUUCAACUUACAACAAAUGAUAAUGAUAAGAAUGAAGAAAAUUUCAAUGAUGAAACAUUAGAAAAUGAUCAAAUAAAAACAAAUUCUCAAAUAAAAAAUCGACCUAUAUCAAAUCGUCAAGUUAAAGCUGAUAAGAAAAAAGCCAAAAAACAACGUGCAACUGAAAAACAUCGUGCACAAAUUAUAGCUUCUUCUGGAAAAACAUCAACGAAACAAGUAGAUGAAAAAUCUGAUCUACCUACAAAUAAUGAACAAGAACAUGUACCUCCUGCUAAUAUGGAAUUUAUUAAUAUAUAA